GAGGCCAGCCCACUGCCCGGCUGCCCAUUUCCGAGCUGCACCCGGGCAUGAGGAACUUAUGGACACCAUUUGGAUUCUCAAGAAGACUUUUCAAAGUGAAAAGCUGUAGAAUAAUUGAGUCAGUAUGGUUGAUUCCUCUAACUUGGUCAUCACUGAUAAAAAACCUUAGCAAAGCACCUGGUAUUUUUUCUUUGGGUCAAAGAAAAAGAUUCUCAACCAUGUCUGAAAUAGAAACAACUCAGAGAGACUCUGAGUUGUUUUCACCACCCUCUGAAGUGCGAGGAAUGACAGAACUUGAUAGAACAGCUUUCAAAAAGACCAUCACCAUCCCAGUGCUGAGAGUGAAAAAAGAAAUAGUCAAUAAGUUGAUGCGAUUCCUUAAAAGGACAGCACUGCAGCGCCCAGGCAUAAAACGUGUGAUUGAAGAUCCAGAAGAUGAAGAAAGUAGGCUAAUUAUGUUGGAUCCCCAUAAAAUGUUUACUGUUAAUUCCUUUGAGAAAGCAGAACUCAAUAUUUUAAAGCAGCUUAAUGUCAAUCCACUGAUAUCCAAAUAUGAUUUGGAACUAACUUAUGAAAACUUUAAGUCAGAAGAAAUCUUGAGAGCUGUACUUCCUGAAGGUCAAGAUGUGACUUCAGGAUUUAGCAGAGUUGGACACAUUGCCCACCUGAACCUUCGUGAUCACCAACUACCUUUCAAGAAUUUAAUUGGCCAAGUUGUGAUUGACAAAAAUCCAGGAAUCACCUCAGCAGUAAAUAAAAUCAAUAAUAUUGAUAAUACAUACCGAAAUUUCCAAAUGGAAGUACUCUCUGGAGAGGAGAACAUGAUGACCAAGGUUCGAGAAAACAACUACACCUAUGAAUUUGAUUUUUCAAAAGUCUACUGGAAUCCUCGUCUCUCUACAGAACACAGCCGUAUCACAGAACUUCUCAAACCUGGGGAUGUCCUCUUUGAUGUUUUUGCUGGGGUUGGGCCGUUUGCCAUUCCAGUAGCAAAGAAAAACUGUACUGUGUUUGCCAAUGAUCUCAAUCCUGAAUCCCAUAAAUGGCUACUGCACAAUUGUAAAUUAAAUAAAGUAGAUCAAAAGGUAAAGGUCUUUAACUUGGAUGGGAAAGACUUCCUGCAAGGACCAGUCAGAAAAGAGUUAAUGGAGCAGCUGGGGCCACUGUCAAAAGAAAGAAAACACUCUGUGCACAUUGUCAUGAACUUGCCAGCAAAGGCUAUCGAGUUUCUCACUGCUUUCAAAUUGCUUUUAGAUGGGCAGCCAUGUAGCCAUGAGUUCCUUCCCAUAGUUCACUGUUACAGCUUUUCCAAAGAUGCUAAUCCUGCUAAAGAUGUUCAGCAACGAGCUGGAGCUGCAUUGGGCAUUUCACUGGAGGCGUGCAGUUCAGUUCACCUAGUAAGAAACGUGGCCCCUAACAAGGAGAUGGUAUGCAUCACCUUUCAGAUUCCUGUUGCUGUUCUGUACAAGAACCAGCCCUUAAGCCUAGAGACUCUUGAAGAUCCACCCCUUAAACGUCAGAGGACGGAUUAACCCUUUUCAGAAGGAAAAAAACCACAAACUGCUUAAUUGGAAAUUUUUCUUCAUCUCCCCACUAAACUUUUACAUAGUUAAAUAUAAUUUGUAUAAUUUUGUAUACUUUUAGCAUUUAGCUACUUGAAUAUUAAACCCCCUUUUUUCAUCUUUGCUCUCUCACAGUUUGAGGAUUAUUAACUGAAUUAUGCUAAUAUAUUAAAAUAAUUUUAUAAAUUAUAUCAAACAUUUUAGUAGACAGUAGAAAUACUGUCUACUAUUUGGGAAAAUAAUUUUUGAAGGCAGAAUAAUUGCAUACUAAAGUAGGGACGUUUAAAACUAAAAUAUUAUUUUGCUAUUACCCUUAAUUGAAGAAUGUAGCUGUGGUUUAUAUAACUACCUCUACACCACCAUUAUAAAUAAUAAAAAAUGAGAUUAUUUAGAUCAGAGAUAGGCAGAUUAUGUCCAGCAGGCCAAAUCUGGCCCCUACCUGUUUUAUUGUAUGGCAGGUAACCUAAGAAUGGUUCUCAUAUUUUUAAGUGAUUGAAAAAGAAUCAAGAGUAGCAUUUUGUGACAUAGAAAUUAUAUGAAUUUUGAAUUUCGGUGCCCAUAAAUAAAGUUUUACUGGAAUACACCAUGCUUUUUUGUUUACAUACUGUCCAGCUAUUUUCAUGGUUAACAACAGGAGUGAGUAGUUGUAAUCAGUCUGUAUAUGAUUCACUUUUCACACUGCUGCUCAACAUAUUGCAAAUUAAUAGAACAGUUACAACUCAAUAGCAUUUUGAUGCUGCAUACAGUAAGCUAUAACAUCUGAUUUGAUUAUUACCAGUGUGUAUAUCCAUCCUGUCAAAACAAGAAAAGUGGACUUCUGAUAUUGUGCCUUUAUGGCACAGUGUAGUAUGAAUUAUUUUGAUACUGUAUUAGAUGAUAAAAGCAUAUAGAACUGAGCUAAAACUAUAUUUUGACAUUACCAAAUGAUACACCACCGUAUUCCCAACAGGCACACAACUGUCAGAAAGAUUAGGUUUAGAAUAGAAAUAUCUCAGAAUUCUUCACAAAAUAAAAAAUGAAAAUGAAGCUGUAACCAAAGUUCUCUAAGUGAUUCUUGUUAGCAAGCAAGGAAAGCCACUUGCUGAUGGUAAAUUGUGUGGCUGCCACUGAAGAAACACAUGCAGAGGAAUUAAACUUAAGACUAUUGAUCUUUUGGCAACAACAGUUUCUCAAAGGAUUGAUGACAGUGGGAACAAUAUCAAGUCAAUUAAAAAGGUACAUGAAUUCAAGUGGUUCUUUAACUUGUGUUGAUCUUGUUGACACUGCCUACUUCUUGUUCAUUUGAAGUGUCAAUAUUGAGUUUGAGUUACUGAAAAUACAUGAACAACUGCAGGUGAAUAUUUUCAAAGAAGUUGAGAAAACCUAAUUCUUUACAACCUGAAGAAUUUGCUAUGUUAAGUGUGAAAGUGUGAAAUACAAAGACUUGGUCAGACAAAUUAACAAGCAACUAUAAACCAGAGACACACCGCGGGGGGGUUGGAGGGGACUAGAGUCAAAAUAAGGGGGGGUGUGCAAUUGUAUGGGGAAUAUAACCAAAAUGAAAACGCAUACAUUGAGCAAAGAUGAAAAAAGAUAUAAGAAUUAAAUAAAAUAUUUAAAUAAAAAAAUGUAUCAGCCAAAAAAAAAAAAAAAAAACCUCUUGUUCUAUACUAGACAUAAGACCUGAAACCAUAAAAUACAUAGAAGGAAAUAUAGGCAAAACACUACGUGAUAUUCACAUCAAAGACAUCUUUACAGACACGUCACCCAAAGCAAUGAUAGUGAAGGCAAAGAUAAACAGCUGGGACUACAUCAAAUUAAAGAGCUUCUGCACAGCAAAAGAGACAAUAACAAAAACAAAGAGAAACCCCACCAACUGGGAGAACAUUUUUGCGCAUCAUUUUUCCUAAUGAUGAAGGACUGAUCACAAAAAUCUGCAAAGAGCUGAUGAGACUCAACAACAACAAAGAAAAUAAUCCAGUGAAAAAAUGGGCAGAAUUGCUAAAAAGAAACUUCUCUGAAGAGGAAAUGCAAAUGGCCAACAGGCAUAUGAAAAAAUGUUCAACAUCACUUGUAAUCAGUGAAAUGCAAAUCAAAACUACCAUGAGAUACCAUCUUAGACCAGUGAGAAUGGCACAUAUUAAAAAACUAGCAACAACAAAUGUUGGCGAAGGUGUGGAGAAAAAGGAACUCUUCUGCACUGUUGGUAGGAGUGCAAACUGGUCCAACCACUAUGGAGAGCUGUGUGGAGAUUUCUGGACCUACUAAACAUAGAGUUUCCAUAUGAUCCAGCAAUUCCACUCCUAGGUAUUUACCCAAAGGACACAGAAACAUCAAUUCCAAAGAGCACCUGCACCACUAUGUUUAUAGCAGCACUGUUUACAAUAGCUAAGCUUUGGAAACAGCCCAGAUGCCCAAAAAUAGAUGACUGGAUCAAGAAGAUGGGUACAUAUACACCAUGGAAUACUACUCGGCAUUCAAAAAAGAUAAACACAUGCAAUUUGCAGCAACAUGGAUGGAGCUGGAAAAAAUACCGGAUUGUCUCACUCAUAGCAGGAAUCUAGAAAACUUAAAUAAGGGACCAGGAAAAUGUACCCAG